GUGCAAACCGCAGCACCAGUGAAACCCUUCUUCUACGUCUUCUUCAAUGAAUGAGUAGCAAAGGAAACGCGACCAUGGCUGGAUCGAUAUCAUUCUUUGGCGAUGGCUCGCUUCCUCUGCACCCGGCCUUCUCCCAAGUCCUUCAAGCUCGCACCCAACACUCCCUACUCUCUGUUUUCUUGCACAAGGCUCGGCUCGCUCUUCAAGAUGAAAUCUCGAGGGUGCCUGUACCGGACAGGAAAGGUAUGCCAGAUUUGGCUGAGCUGGAACGUCUGAUUCCACAUCCGAGCGAGAAGCAACCUCGUGAUCACCAAUGCCUAGCUCCGGUAAUGCUUGUUAUCAUUCAGCUAGGACAAUUUAUCAGUUGGUACGAAAGCCACCCAGAAGAGCCUUAUCCCGAUGCCAAAUCGUCAUUCGUCGUUGGACUAUGUGUGGGUCAGCUGUCUGCAGUCGCGGUUAGCCUUGCUUGCAGCUUGACAGAGCUCCUGCCUCUCGCUGUCGAAUCUGUCCGUCUGGCAUUCCGAACAGGCCUCACCGCGACCACGAUUAGAGACGAGUUAGAGCUGGCCAAUACCUCAGAAACUUGGGCGAUGCAAGUUUCUCGUGGGCUAGGUUUAGGCGAAGAGAACGUGCUGCAUAAGAUUCAUACGGAAGAGGGAAUACCAGAACACAGGCGAAGCUACGUCAGUGCCUCCUUCGGCAAGGCUUUGACACUUCAAGGCCCGCCUUCUACCCUAGACAAGGUUUCCCACUGGCUGGAUACGAACCGUACGCCUUCACCGCAAAACUUCUGCCAGAGGGUACCCAUAUACACUCCUUACCAUGCACCCCACCUAUACUCUGACGAAGAUAUUGCCCGCAUUCUGGGGUUCGCGAAAACAACGGACGGCCCAUAUCAAAAGACAGCGUGUGAGGCCGUAAAGGCGCGCUUGGUCUCUCCAGUCACAGGUGAAUACUACCAAGCGAGCAAUAGCAGCGAUCUUCUGAAGAGUGUGCUUCACGACGUUCUGAAAGCACCUAUCGAGUGGAGCAAUGUGACAGCUGGGUGCGCAAAUCAUGUUGCGGCUCUGGAAAUCCCUGAUUGGGUGGUGCGAGCAUAUGGUCCGACUCUUGCCGCUGGCAGUCUGGUCUCGACCUUGAAGAAGGGUGCGCAGGUCGAGGCUAUCUUGGACGGCACCUUUGCUUCCAGUGACCCUGCGCAACGGGGUGCGCCAACAAAUGAACCUAUUGCGAUAGUAGGAAUGGCUGGCAGAUUUCCAGAAGCUGGAAGCCAUGACGAAUUAUGGGAGCUUCUCGAAAAAGGCAUGGACUGCGCCAAGGUUAUACCCGCCAACCGCUUUGAUGCAGAACUCUACGUGCCCAACGAUGGAAGAGCGAGAAACCCGGCGGGUUCACCUUACGGUUGCUUCCUCAAGGAGCCGGGCAUGUUCGACGCUCGUUUCUUCAACAUGUCACCACGGGAAGCUGAACAGACCGAUCCUCAGCAGCGCUUGGCUCUGGUCACAGCUCACGAAGCUCUGGAGAUGUCGGGAUUUGUGCCAAAUCGCACGCCGUCCACUCAGCUUGAUCGCAUUGGCACAUAUUACGGACAAACUGGGGAUGACUACCGCGAGUGGAAUGCCUCGCAGGAUGUACAAACGUAUUACAUCUCCGGUAACGACCGUGCAUUUGGUCCUGGACGCAUCAACCAUCAUUUCAAGUUUGGUGGUCCAAGCAUGAGCAUCGAUACUGCUUGCUCUUCUAGCGCAGUAGCGCUCAAUGUAGCCUGUACUGCGUUGUGGGCGAACGACUGCGCCACCGCUGUUGUUGGCGGCAUGACCCUCUUCACUAGUGCAGACACCUUUUGCGGGCUGAGCCGUGGUCACUUCUUGAACCACACCGGAAACUGCAAGACCUUCGAUGACGCUGCCGAUGGCUACUGCCGUGGGGAGGCCGUUGCAACGGUCGUGGUGAAGCGCCUGUCGGAUGCCAAAGCCGACAACGACAAAGUGCUGGCGGUCAUUCUGGCUGCAGGCACCAACUACUCGGCAGCAUCAGCCUCGAUCACUCAUCCACACGGGCCUACCCAAGAAACUCUUUACAGGCGACUACUGAAUGAAGCUGGCCUUCAUCCUUUCGACGUGGAUUAUGUCGAGAUGCAAGGUACUGGUACCCAAGCCGGAGAUGCGGCAGAGAUGAGCUCUGUUAGCAACGUCUUUGCCCCCGCUUCACCUGGUCGCCCAAAAGAGCACCCCUUGUGGCUUGGGGCCGUCAAAUCUAACAUCGGCCACGGGGAGUCCGCAUCCGGCGUUACAGCUCUCAUCAAGUCGUUGUUAGUGGUGAGAGCACAGAGAAUCCCGCCACAUGUGGGCAUCAAGAGUGGUGUUAUCAACCAUACCUUUCCGGAUCUCAAGGAACGACAAAUCAAGGUUGCUUUGGAUGGACCUGGAGCAUUCCCAUGCGGCCAAGCGCGGAAGCGUCGAUUUAUGGUCAACAAUUUCGGUGCUGCUGGUGGCAAUACGGCGUUGUUGCUCGAAGAGGCGCCAGACAAACCUGGUGACCCAAGCUUCGAUCACAGGCCCGAUCACAUUGUCACGAUCUCGGCCAAGACGCCGAAGUCUAUGAAGGGAAACGUCCAGAAUUUGGUGACAUAUCUGGAGAAUCACCCCGAGGUCAGCUUAUCCGAUCUUUCAUACACCACCACCGCUCGACGCACACAUUUCACGCAGAGAAUAUCCGCCAUAGCAUCCUCGACCUCUCAAUUGAAAGAUCACCUCACGACCACACUUACCGCAGAGCUGAAAAAGACAAGCAAGGCUCCAAAUGUCGUUUUCACAUUCACAGGUCAAGGGUCAUUGUACGUUCCACUCGCCAGAGACCUGUUCGACUCCUCGAAGCAGUUCAGGUCGAACAUUCUCCGCUUCAACCAGAUAUGUCUGGACUAUGGCUUCCCUAGUUUCUUGCCUGUCAUCGAACCAUCGUCCGGUGACAUGGACGGAUUAGAUCCGAUCCAGACUCAGCUCGCAAUCACAUCUGUCCAGAUGAGUCUCUACCGCUUGUGGACAGCCUGGGGAGUCAACCCAGCAGCUGUAAUUGGCCACAGCCUAGGCGAGUAUGCCGCUCUUUUCGCAGCCGGCGUACUCUCUGCCAACGACACACUUUAUUUAGUAGGCAAAAGAGCCGGACUUCUGGAAAAGAUGUGCACGCAAGGCACUCAUUGCAUGCUCUCAGCUCAUGCCGACCUCUCGUCAUUGAAGAAGCAUCUUGGAAGCCUGCUAGACGAGCUUGAGGUGGCCUGCGUGAAUGGGCCAGCAGACACGGUGCUCAGCGGACGAGUCGAAGUUGUCCAUGAAGCACGGGACAAGCUGAAGACCCUUGCUGUCAAAUGCGUUGUUCUUAACACCCCUUAUGCUUUUCAUUCUGCUCAAGUCGACCCUGUCCUUCAACCCUUCGAAACCUUCGCACGCGGAGUUAGAUAUAUGGCGCCGGAACUGCCUGUUCUGUCGCCUUUGUUGGGUGCUGUGGUCCGAGAGAGUGGAGUUUUGGGUCCUUCUUACCUUCGAAGGCAUGCUAGAGAGGCCGUGGAUUUCGCCGCCGCUCUCAAGGCGGCGCAACAUGAAGGUCUGUCAGGCAAAGACACUGCAUGGAUUGAGAUCGGUCCGAAACCGGUGUGCCUGGGAAUGAUAAAGGCGACGCUCGGGGACGAAAGCCGUACGCUCUACUCUCUCCGCCAGAACGAGAACCCCUGGAGCAGUGCUGCCAAAACCUUGGGGUGUCUGUACAACUGGGGCUACGAGAUCAAUUGGAAUGAGUAUCAUCGCGACUUCGAGCAUGCUCAGAAUCUGCUGCAUAUUCCAACUUAUGCGUUUGACGAGAAGAACUAUUGGAUUGCCUAUAAGGACGAUUGGGCAUUGAGAAAAGGCGAUGAUAUGGCAAAACGACUUAUCAGUACAGCUCCCACAGAAGCCAGCAAGAUCACCACGACCGUUCAUCGAUUGCUUUCGCGACACAGGCGGGAUGCGAAUGUUAUGUUGACCUUCGAAACGGACCUUUCAGAGCCCGCGCUUCAUGAGACCAUCUCAGGUCACAAGAUCAAUGGGUUGGCACUCUGUCCUGCGGGAGUGUAUGCGGACAUGGCACUCACCGUGGCAGACUUUAUCAGGAAAGAGUACACAUUUAACGUUCCCGCGACAGGUAUCGAUGUGACCGACAUGACGAUCAUGGGACCUGUCACCGUGCCAGUGCCUCGGGUUGCCACUCCGCAACUUCUACAAGUAUCUGCGACUGCAAACUUGGAUUCGGGCAAAGUCCUCAUCGAAUUCAAAAACCAAUGUCCACGGACGAAAAACUUCAAUGUCUCGAACGCAAAAUGCCAAGUGGUGUAUGGCAGCGAGAAGGCCUGGCUUCAGCAAUGGUCGAGAUCCGCAUAUCUUGUACGGAAGAGGAUACAAGAUCUUGAACGCGGCGUCGCAACUGGCACGGCCAACAAGAUGCUAAAGAAAAUGGCCUAUCAUCUCUUUUCCCAGCUCGUCGAUUACAAUCCUGUCUACCAAGGUAUGGAGGAGGUGGUGGUGGACACGGAGGAACUUGAGGCAACAGCCAUGGUCAAGUUCAGUGACAGUGGAGAUAUCGGCGACAACUUUUUCGCUUCUCCUCUCUGGAUCGACAAUCUAGCGCAAAUAGCAGGAUUUGUGAUGAAUGGCAUUGGUGCCACUGACUCACAAGCGGGCGUCUACAUUUCCCAUGGCUGGGGUUCUCUCCAACUGGCGAUGCCCCUGGACGCGAAACGAUCCUACAAAGUGCACGUUAAGAUGCAGUCACUGGAGAAGUCCUUGAUGGCAGGCAAUGUGUCCAUCUUCCAAGACGAUGUCAUGGUGGGUAUGAUUGGCGAUGUCAUGUUCCAGAACGUCCCUAGGUCACUCCUCUCUACAAUGCUGGCACCCCAUCCCCGGUCCGGAUCAAGCCUCCCUGCGCGCACUACCCCAGCAAGCGUGGUCUCAAAAGCACCGUCAGACCGUUGUAGGCCUGAAGUUGGGACUCAACGCGACGAAGUACAUACUAGCACUCUGCCCAAGCGUACUCCUCCAGAAGCAACCCAGACGGGUCAAGUUCUGAAGGUUGUGGCUGAAGAAAUCGGCGUUGAUCUAUCAGAAUUGAAGGACGACAGCGACUUUGCGAAUCUCGGGGUGGAUUCUCUGCUGUCCCUCACGAUUCUCUCGAAAAUCAGAGAGACAGUAGGCAUUGACCUCCCUCAGUCGACCUUUGCGGAUUGUGAGACUGUUGGCGACCUCAAGUCGUUGCUUGGUGACACUUCCAGCACAAGCGACAUGAGCUCCGAAUCAUCCCUCGAAACACCACCAGAUUCCGGGCUGCAGACUCCCGCCCUUGUUGCCGAGCCUGCUACAAUCGCCGCCAAUGGUGACAUGAUUGAAGCACUACACGCUACCCUUGCCGAACAGAUUGGGAUCGACGUCGAGGAACUCGUGGCCACUGACGACCUGUCAGCCCUUGGUGUAGACUCACUGAUGAGUCUUAGCAUCGUCGCAGCACUGAGAGAAAAAAUGGGCAUCAGUGUGCCACAAGACAUGCUCGUGGAGAACACUUCGCUAAAGGGCAUCAAAGCCGCACUGAAUCUGUCACCGUCGCCAGCCCUGGCGCCGGCGCCGUCAGCCACAGGGUCUCUGAAGCUGGAAUCACGGUCGCGGACAUCCAGCAACAGCCGCGCCGCAAAGUCCUUUUUGCUCCAAGGUAACCCAAAGACUGCGUCGAAGACGAUGUUCCUCUUUCCGGAUGGAAGUGGCUCAGCAACCUCAUACCGCCGCUUGCCUGAUAUUGCAGCCAACACAUGCGUCUAUGCUAUCGACAGUCCCUUUCUCAAACAUCCAGCCGAGUAUACCUGCUCCUUGAUAGAGGCAUCUGUUAUCAUGGCCAAUGAAGUUCUCACCCGCCAGUCUCAGGGCCCUUACAUUCUGGCUGGCUGGUCUGCUGGUGGCAUGUACGCCUAUGAAGCUGCCAAACACCUCAUCUCUGCUGGAGAAACUGUAUCAAAGCUGAUCCUUGUCGACUCGCCCUGCCGAACCGAUUACGGACCGAUGCCGCAAGAUGUCCUCGAGUACGUCUCCAAGUCAGGUGUGAUCGCAGGUGAGGGUGCAAACACCGGUGCUCCAGAAUGGCUCGUCCGUCAUUUCCAAUCCACAAUCCGUGCGGUCAAGCAGUAUUCGCCACAGUCGUUCAACAAAGACAAUUCGCCGUCCACGUACGUCAUCUGGGCCUCUCGGGGUGUUUUUGAAGAUUGGCCUCAGGCCGAACUCGCCGGGCUCGAUCUAUCUGAUGCCGUGGCAUCCUGGUUGUUGAAGCCGAAGACCGAUCCUGGUGCUAAUGGAUGGGACAAGUUGUUAUCUGCCGAGAAGAUGAAGUGUUGUUCGGUCGACGGCAAUCAUUUUAGCAUGGUUCACCCGCCUUAUUGCACCUCUCUCAGCCGAGCCAUUGCAGGUGCCAUUGACGAAGACGACAGUGUCGCGUGGAGAUCUGCCUAAUUCGAGCCAUGUUGGACGUGUGUUAUCAUUUCACAAUCUGAGAUGCACAAAAAGGGUUGAAUCGAGACACAUUACUCUAUCCUGGCUUUCAACUCUACACUGGUUCAUACAAGAAGGCGUUGAGGUUUGUUGUUCAGUUUCAAUGGUCACAAUGGUGUAGGUAAGGUACUUGAAGUCGGGUAUUUCGCUAGAAAAUUUGGGGGUGUUGUAAUGACACUGGAUGAGUUCGUAAUCAUCCUCACUAAGUGGUUAAAGAAGAGAAGUAUCUGAGGUACUAUAUUGUAAAUGACCGUCUUUACCGUCCCACGCCAAGCUUUUGCUUAAUUGAAC